CCUGGCUUGCUACAGCCCACGACAGCAUUCUGUCUGUAGCCUACUAACUGGUCUUGGGUGUGUCUGUCAGUGAAUAACUAUUAUGCCUUGAGGUAGAAUUUCACAGUGUUUCUCAAGGACAAAGAUUCAGGAGGGCGUUUACUCUGGUGACUCCCUCCUCAGUCAAUUUAAGGAACAGCUGACAUCAGAUAUUGAUAUUGUGAUGAAGUGCAACAGAGAUUUAUCAGAUGAUCUGGACCUAAGCUUCCUCUCCACUGACGAGGAGAUGGCAAUCCGGCAAGUGCUUCAGAGAGAUGAGAAUCUAAAGAGACAAGAAACUGGGCGCAUACGGCGACUGCGUCUCUCCAUCCCUGAUCCUAAGACUCUCAAAGUCAUGACAGGAGAGUGGUUUGAAGAACUCAGGACUCGUCGCUAUGGGCGGCAGUCUGAUGUGACUGAGGUGGUUAGGUCUUCAAUGAGGAGAAAGAAGACAACAGUACCCAGGGGUAGUCCCUAUCGUGACACCAGAAAAACAGACUACAAAGGAGAAGACACGAAAACCGACUCUCAAACUAAGACAUCUGAGUUCAAAACACUGAAUACUAGUUUUCUAAAUCCUGCGUUUCGUGAAGAAAAGGUUAAGUUGGAACUCUCUGAAGAGGAAAGUGCUGCACAUACAGACGUCACCACUGUUGACAUUCCUGAAUGGAAGACCCCACCCUCUCAGAAGGCUUGUGAGCAAACCAGUAGAAAGGGAAUCAGCCCCAACCCUCUUCUAUCUACACAGCACCAGGAUAUAGACUACUUUAGCACUGCAAACCCAGACCAUCCAUCACCAAAACCCAGAACCCUCAAGACUUCCUCCUUCCCUGUAGAGGAAGUAGCCCAUAAGUCUCAGUCCACUCUCACCACAGAGUCUGAUCCCAGCCCUCCACCCCAACCAGGACCAGAACCACAGGAUGACAUCACAUAUCUGGAGUCCACCCGCAAAUUGGUCCUGCCCCCAGAUAUAAAGGAUGACCCAGAGCAGAAAAGCCCCACCGUGUCUGUGGACCCAAACACAUGGACACAGCCUGUGGUCGAGGACCACUUCAUAGAAGUCAACAAAACAGACAAGAGCCCUGAAAAGACUCCUACAGUGGUAACAUUGCCCAGCGACAGCAUACAGGGUAGGUCAGAGCAUAGAUUUGGUGCUACAAUGGGAGAGAGAGUUACUACUGAGAGUCCAUCUGGUGGUGACACAGAGAACAGGUCGGAGGAGAUACCAAAUGCAGGAACAGGUGUUGAAUGUGCUGACCACAGCAAGUCUUUGGAGGGUGCUAUGCAGGCUGGUCAACCUCACCUUGAAGAGGUUCCAUUUGAGCCUUACAAAAUGAAGAAUGUUUCAAAGAAGCCAAAUAAAGACCCCAAACCAGAAGAGGCUCAGAGCCACAGUGAACCAUCGUUCAGAUCUCUGAAGUCAACCUUUGAAUAUAACCCCUUCUGUACAACAGAGGUACCUGUAUCUGUAGAAGGCCCCCAACAGUUGCCCCAAGAGGAAGCCCAGGUUUCUGUGAAACCGAACACAUGGAAACAGCCGGAAGUGGAUGGAGACUUUAUACAGGUCAACUUGGCAGAUGAGGGGCAGACCCGUGAAAAGACUCCUAAAGGUGUAACAUCACCCAGCGACAAUACACAAGGUAUGUCAGAGGAGCAUAGAUUUGAUGUGGAGUGUUCAAAGCUCCAGUUUGUCCCGACUCCAUCUGUUGGGACGUGGGAGCGAAGCAGCCGGAUUAGGCCUCAGUCAAAACAGGAGAAUUUCACAAUAGGAGAGACAGUUACUGCUAAGAGUCCACCUGGUGGUGACAUGGAGAACAGGUCAGAGGAGAGGCUAGAUUCAAGAAGUGAUGAUGAAUGUUCCGACCAUAGUCUGACCAAGUCGUCUUCUAGAACCCCACCUUUAGAGGGCGGUAAGCAGGCAGGUCCUCCUCUCCUCAAAGAAGUUCCAUCUAAGCCUUACAUAUUCAAGCAAGCUAAGCCUGCUUCAAGGAAAGGUAAAGAAAUCCAAGAACCCGAACCAACAGAAAUUAAGAGUCACAGUGACCUAUCGUUCAGACCUCUCCAGUCAACCCCUGGAUCUAACCCUUUUUCAACAGCAGGGAUACCUAUAUCAGUAGGAAGCACUCAACAGUCACCCCAGGAUAAAUCACAAAGCAUAAAACCAGUGGGCAAAUCAGUUGACACGGAUAAUUCCCUUGAUAUAAGAGAGGCCAUAUCUGAGAUUAAAAUAUUGUCCUCAUCUGAAAAUCCUUCUCUUGUUGUUGCUUCUAUAAAUGACAAGGUUGAAUUAUCCAUCACCCCAGCAGAAAACAGAAGCAUGGACAAAGAUGAGGUUAUCAGCAAUUUAAGCAAGGAUCUUUACCCUGACACUAAGGUGGCUGGUGGUGAAACUCAUCACACAGAAAAGGAUCAAAGUAGAUUUACAGGCCAGACUCAUGAAAAAAACCCUAAGGAGGUAACAUUAACCAGUGACAUUUCACAAGGUGUGUCAGAGGAGCAUGUAUUUGUUGAUAACAAUCCAGAGUUCCAGUUUUUGCCGACUCCCUCUAUUGGGAUGUGGGAGGGGAGCAGCCGAAUUAAGCCUCAGUCAAAACAGGGGAAUUUCACAAUAGGAGAGACAGUUUCAACUAAGAUUCAAUUUUUUGGUGACACGCAGACCAGGUCAGUGGAGAAAGUAAAUGCUGGAGGGGAUGUUGUACAUUCUGUUCGUACUAAGCCGUCUUCUAGAACCCCACCAGUAGAGGGUGGUAAGCAGGCAGAUCAACCCCACCUCAAAGAGGUUCCAUCUGAGCCUUACAUUCUUAAGCCACCCAAACCAGAAGAGGCUCAGAGCCACAGUGAACUGUCCUUCAGCCUGCUUCAGUCAACACCUGGCUAUAACCCAUUCUCUACAACAGAUAAACCUAUGUCUGUAAGAAGCCCCCAACAGUCAGACAGACAGAAAUCACAAAGCAUAAAACCAAUGGACCAGCCAUUUCUCACAGAUGAUUCCCAUGCCAUAGAGGAAGUUAAAUAUAAGAUGACAACAUUGUCGUCACCUGAAAAUUCUCCUGUUGUUCUUGUUGCUUCUGUAAAUGAAGAGGUUGAAUUAGCCAUCACACCAGCAGAAAACAGUGACAUGGAAAAUGAUGAGGCUGUCAACAAUAUGAACAAGGAUAUUUACCCUGACACUGAGGUGGUUGAGGACAAGAGUCAAGACACAGAAAAGGAUCAAAGAGUAUUUUCAGAACUCUCUGAUGUGCGAAAGUUGGAGCAUGUUCAGGUCCCUGUAAAGGUGGACAGAGAAGAGUCUACAGAAUCACAGAGUGAAGCAAUAGUUAAAGCACCAAUAGCAGUAAAUGUAAAAGAGAUGGAAAGGCCUAAAGAAGAAGCCACAUCAGAAACCGAAAUGUUUUUAAUUGCAGAUUCUGCCAUCACCAAGUCAUCAAAAGUCCCUGCUGAGGUUCCCAGACAACAAGCCAAUCAGGAAGCUGGGAAGUAUCCCAUCCCCACCAUACUGCUCAAUUCAUCUCAGUCUCCAAUAACAGAGGAAGUUAAAGGUUUAGGACAUCGGAGAAAAGUUCUGGAAGUUUCUUCCGUGAGUGGCUCAUCACUGGGAAGCUUGAAGGAUGAGACUGUGGACUCAGACGACGACCACACCUCAGUUUCUAGCCAAGGCUCAGACUUCUCUGACAGACAAGGGUAUGGCAGUACCUUGUCCUUAUCACACUCCGGGCGCACUGGCAGUAUGCUAAGUGUGUACAGCGAUGCCGGGGAUUUUGGGAAUGUGACAGUCCAGGGGGCUGUGGAGUUUGCCAUGAGGUACAACAAGGAAGGGGAGUUUAUUGUCACUGUGGAACAAUGUCUGGAUCUGGCAUUCGCUAAUGCCCGCAAACAACGGACAGACCCAUACGUAAAGACCUACCUCCACCCUGACAAAUCGCACAGCAGCAAGAAGAAGACCUCAAUCAAAAAACGAACUACCAACCCAGUCUAUGGUGGAGAAACGCUCAAAUAUAAGAUGAAGAUGGAGGAGCUGAAAGACAGGACCCUCAACCUGUCUGUCUGGCACAACGAUUCCCGAGGUAGAAAUGUGUUUCUGGGUCAGGUGGAGAUCAACCUUAAGACGUGGGACUGGGGCCACGAGGCCCUCACCUGGUACAACCUGCAACACAAGAACUCUGAGGGUCAAGAGGUCACUGAAAACCAUGGACUGUUGACAGUUGCUCUGAAAUACCUUCCACCUGGAUCAGCAGGCAUUGCCAGGCCGGACUCAGGGGAGAUCCACGUGUGGCUGAAGGAGGCCAGGGAGUUGCGGAAGCUCAAGGCUCAGGGUGUGGAUUCCUUUGUCAAGUGUUACAUGCUGCCAGACACAAGCAAGAAGAGCCGGCAGAAGACCCGCGUGAUAAAGAAGAGUCAGGAGCCGGUGUAUAACCACGCCAUGGUGUACGAUGGCUUCCAUGACGACGAGGUCAGAGAGGCAUGCUGCGAGCUGACUGUCUGGGAUAAGAACAAACUGUCCAAUCAGUUCCUGGGAGGGGUCAGACUUAGCUUGGGCACAGGGCAAAGCUAUGGCAAAAAAGUGGACUGGAUGGACUCAUGGGACCAAGAGAUUGGGCUGUGGGAGAAGAUGCUAGCCAGUCCAACCAGCUGGGUGGAGGGAGAGCUGCCCCUUCGCUCCGCUAUGACUCCAAGGAAAAAGCGCCUUUAGGGGAUGGGACUAUGUGAAAUAAAAAGAUAACAUCUUAAACAUCUCAGAAAUGAGCUUGGACUCAGAUGGUUGAGAUCUAUAGAUAUGAAACAAUAAAAUAUUAGCAAUGAAGAGCCUUUUAAAUUGUCCUGGUGUUACUCCAUCCUGGAGUUGCAAUGGGUACACCCAAUUAUGAAAAUAUUUAAGUCAUCACUAGGGUUCCAGUAAUGUCCAGGGCUAUAUCAAACAACCAAGCAAUUGGAAAUAAACUGUUGGUGCCUAACACUGAACUUGGCCCUUGAAGACACAAUUAAGGGUUUCAUAAUAGGCAAAGGAAUGAAUGCAUCCUUGAACACAUUUUAUUUCCCCCAUUUGCUUUUGACUAUCAAGCAACAUUGUACAGAAAGCUUACAAUGGCCAAUGAGCACAACCUAGUGUUCCUUUAGGGUAAAACAUAACACCCUUAAGAUUUAGCCUUUUUCUACAAC